GUCCACCGUUACGAUGCAGUUAAGUUACAGUUUGGCACGAGACGACACCGGAGCGGAGAGGCUGAGCAGAAGACCAGCGCGCGUAAAGGGAUGGAGACGAAUGAGAUCUUUUUAUUUACUGUCAUAGCUUCUCACUACAUUGGGAACUUCCUCUUCUUCGCGUGGAUUUUAACAACAAUAGAACCUUUAGAGCCGGACUACUAUAAAACGCAUUAUUGAAGUUGGGCCACCUGAUCCUGUUUGCGCCAGGACACCCGAACGAGAUUAGACCAAGACUAGUCGUAAUGAGUAGUUGUGCAAAUGGUGCAUUUCCCGACCAGAGAGCUGGUACGGAAAGCAGAAUCUCAUGCUCAAGCUACACGUCUACCUGCGCGUAAAGGACAUGGACAUAACGGCUCCAGUCGCCGCUUCCUGAAUCACUGCGCUAUGUUUUAGUAAGUAAAUGAAAAAGCUGUAGUUAGAUUAGAAGCAGUGUGGCAGCUUAAAGCAUUUAUGCGAGCUUUUUUUUUUUUUCAUAUUUUUAGGAGCUGACAAAUAGUACAGCGCUCCGAUAGCACAGGACCUGAAUUUUGGCAGCCAAGCAGCACACACCAUUGACCGUGAAAGGCUUGGAAACAGUUCCAGUGCUCCCCAAUUUGAACUUUAACUAAAACAAGUUUUUCAAAGUUGCAUCUAAGUGGACGAGCGUGGCAGGAGUGGAACAUGGCUUUGCCAGAUAGUGGCAUAUCUGCAGAGGAGAUACCCUUCCCAGAGAUCAUAGAGCUCAAUGUUGGUGGGCAGGUGUACAUAACCCGCUACUCUACACUCACAAGCGUGCCAGACUCUCUGCUGUGGGAGAUGUUUACUCAAAAGUCAGCCAAAGGACUGGCCAGGGACACAAAGGGGCGCUUCUUUGUAGACCGUGAUGGUUUCCUGUUUCGUUACAUCCUGGACUACAUGCGCGACCAGCAGCUGGUCCUUCCAGACCACUUCCCAGAGCGCGGUCGUUUGCAGAGAGAGGCUGAGUUCUUCAACCUGCCAGAGCUCGUCAAGCUUCUGGCACCCAAAAUCAGCAAACAGAACUCCCUUGGUGAUGAGGGAUGUCCUAGUGACACAGAGGACUCCUCACCUGGGACUGACACCUCCCGUAACCUCGGCUCUCUGGGUGCUGCUGCUGCUGCCUGUGCCAGCCUGGUGCCCGGCGCCAUGGAUGGCAAACGUUCUGGGUUCAUCACUAUUGGCUACCGAGGCUCCUACACCUUGGGGCGCGACAGCCACACGGAUGCCAAAUUUCGCCGAGUGGCACGGAUCAUGGUGUGCGGGAAGACCUCCCUGGCUAAAGAGGUGUUUGGGGAAACGCUGAACGAGAGCCGGGACCCGGACCGCCCCCCUGAGCGCUAUACAUCCCGCUACUAUCUCAAGUUCACCUUCCUGGAGCAGGCUUUUGACAAGCUGGCAGAUGCAGGCUUUCACAUGGUGGCCUGCAAUUCCACAGGAACCUGCGCCUUUGCCCACGAGCAGACGGACGACAAGAUCUGGACCAGCUACACUGAAUAUGUGUUCUACCGGAGUUCAUCAGAUAUUUCCAAGACAAUGACCUCUGACCCCCCAGCAGUGACUACCACUGAAGCAGUGACCUCUAAACCCACUGCUGCACCUACACUGUCAGCCACAGCAGAAACCAGCAGCAGUGGCCGAACCCAAAGCCUUCCUGAAACCAGCACCAUCCCAACACUGGACCUCCAAAACCCGCUUCCUCCUCCCCUAACACCUCCCCCACCUCCUCCUCCUGCGCCAGACAUACCCGACCUUCCACUGCCAUCACCCCCGGUCUUCCCCCUUCCUCUGCCUUCAUCCAAACCUUCUUCGUCAUCCAGUCCUCCUUCUCCUCCAUCGCCGCCUCCCGCUGACAGCCCCCAGCGUCCUACCACGCUCAACCUAAAGACGCUUCCACGUCCCAGCGUCAGGGAGAACGGCUGCCCCCCACCUGGGCUGGAUGAGGAUGAGGAUGAGAGGAAAAUGCUGGAGGAGGAUCUGAAGAAAUGCAUCGAGGACUUUAAAAAGAUCCGCAUGCCCAAAGUUUUUCCAGAUCGCAAGAGGCACUGGCAAAGGGACUUGCUAAAGAAGUACAAUGCAUAGAGAGCUUUGCUGUGGCAUCAUAAGGAGCAAACCUGACAAGGACUUUAAAACAAUGGCGAGGACAUGCUGCUAGCGCCAUACUCGGGCUUUAUAUUUACAUCGCUUUGAUUCUGACUUUGUGAAGAGUGUCAGCAAAAAACCUCUAAUGUAGCUUUUGCAUGCCAACAGAAGUGAACUGCUAAAGUAUAGUUCUCCAGCUGAGCUUGUCUAGCAAACAUGCACUACAUUUGAUGUGUUUACCCAGCAUAGAAAACAUUCACGUCCAGAUUGUGAGUCAUACUUAUGUUUUUCCCACACAAGCUUUUUUUUUUUUUUGGAAUAUAAAACAUAUUUGGACUCAUUUUCUUUUCACUCAGUCAAACAAUAUUAAUUGGAGCUUUCUGCCCUUCUCCCUGUACCAUGUCCGCUGAUCAAGCAACUGGAAAAUGUAAGCAAAGUUUGAAAUUUUAGGCAUUUGACCUUAAUGAUGCAAAAAUAAAAGACAGAAGUGAAAUCUCUGGUGCUAAUCAUCUAAAA